AACAGAUGGGUGUCAGCUUACGGCGAAGACAAAUGAUUCUUCGACAUAGGCGGCCGUAAAUGUUUUCAAAUAAUACAAUGAAAAAUGUCUAAUGUGGAAAACAGUCGUGACAGUGUACAGAAUGCAGACUCAGAAUUGCCCAAACAAUUUAUCUCCUCUUUAAAAAUUUUAUUUGAGAUUUUAGAUGAGAAUCGAAAUGGUUUUGUACGGUUGUGUGACAUUGAAUCUCGGUGGAGCGACCAAGGUGUGAAAGGUUUGCCGUUUGGUGUUAUAGAAGCACUGCGUAAAGUUACCCCUCCAAAUGGUUUACUCACUUUCAGUAGGUUUGUGUCGGGCUUAAAACUAGCACUGUUUUCUAGUAGAAGUGGUUUGGAAAAUGGUAAAAUAAAUAAAGAUGCUCAGACUGAUAAGCCAGCCGAUAAAAGCAAUCUCAAUAAACAACAGAAUAACAAUCCAAGCAACAUUUCAAGUCGAGUCACGAAGUCGAGAGAACCUUCUGUGCCUGGUGGCAGUCGAAUCCGGAAUCCAGUAUCUGCGUCUCAUGUAAAUUAUCCAGUAACGGCAGCUGUCAAACCAAACAAUGCGGCUAGCACGAAUAAUCGUAGACAGUACCCAGGUCCAGUGAGAAAUGACAAUAUUUACAGAAGCCAAGAUGUCUACCCUCCUCCCCGACCAGAACGAUCUAGACCACCACUGCAGAAAAAGUCGCUUUCUGGUUCGGACAUGGCCCCUCCUAAAUUGCCCCCUCGAGAUGUUUCUAAGAGUGACAGAGUGCUUGUCGAGCUGAAGAACUGGCAGAAAGAAUACACAUCUUUGUCAGGAUCUAAAAGUGAUAGCAAAUUGGCUCCAUCAAAUAUUUACAAGAGUGAUCCUCAUGCUAUAUAUGCUAAUAUUGAGCAGUUUCAAAAGAAAGGUGUCGAAAGUUCUCGAGAUGGUGGAGGUAACAUGGUUCAGAAACCGGUCCGUCGUCAGAACUCUGCCAGGAGACACACCCUAUCAAGUGGCGUCGACUAUAACGCUAUCAAGCGGAUGAAGCAGCUGGAAGAAGAGCGAGAUGUCCUCCUCCAGGGUCUCGAGAUGACCGAACUCUGUUGUCAGUGGUACCGCAAACAGCUGGCAGCCAUUCACGACAAGCAGAAAUACCUGGGCAAGACAAAUCUGAACGAACACUCACUGGAAGCACAUCAAGAAAGGAUGAACUUUCAGAAGUCGCGAAUUAUGGAAGUUAAUCAACAGCUAAAGACGUUGAUCGAGAGUUCAGAGAAGGGAUUUCCACUCCACAUGAAUUUGGCUGUUACUCCUCAUCAACCUCGAUUUGCAACUGAGUCGACAAUAAAAAUGCUAAAAGGCCAAAACAGACAACUUACUCAAGAAGUCACACAAAAGAGUGACAAGAUUACACAGCUAGAACGAGAGAAGGGCACUCUGAUUCGAGAACUGUUUGAAGCGCGCUGCAUGCAUAAAACAAACUAUGACGACACAACAUUCAUGUGAAUUCUACUUACUAGACGCUCUGAUCCAAGAACUGUUUGAAGCACGCUGCAUGCAUAAAAAAACUACGACACAACAUUCACGUGACUCUGUUUUCCACAUACUAUUCAUGGUGUUCAUAUACACCUACACAUCCACACCCACCGCUGUUUGACAUCACUGUACGUUUGCUAGUCUUUGAAUAUGACAGAGGGUAUAUUUAUCUGAAGACAAGAAAUAGAAAAUCUUAUGUACUUUUAUCAUAACAUGAAUUUACUUUUUUUUUAAAGGAUAUAUUUUAUUCACCCUGUAAAUCAUUUGCAAUAUUUAAAAUAUCUAUUUUAAUAUUUUUAAUUUCAUUAUAUGAUGUUGAACAUUAUUAAAAAUUUAGAUAUAUAUUAUUUAUUUUUUAAAUCUUUAAAAAAAACCCAGCUGCGAAUGAACUGUUAUUUGGUCUUUUUUAUAGGUCAAAUGUGUUAAAUUUUAUAUAAAUGUAUACAAGACAGCAUACUUAGAUGUUUUAGUGUUUUCUUGUUAUAUAUGGAACCUUUACUUAUUGUUCAUAGUGUUAGGAUGAUUCACACUAUUACACUGAUAUUACCAGAUAUGUUUAUUACCCACCUGGUGAACGUCUGAUGGUCAUACAAAGUUUGUAUGCACCACUAGGUGCACAUUAGUUACUAAGUGACAUCGUUUCAGUAAGUGACGUCACCUUCCCUUAUAGCAUCUCUGUGCAUUCGCAUGUCUCCAUAAGUUGGAAGUACUUGUCAGAUUUUAAGUUAUUUGAAGGUGACUAAUAAAUAAAAUACCACUCAUUUUCGCUAGAUAUCAUUUUUAUGAAACUUGUGGCCUUCCCUUGGUAUCAUACAUGGGAAGUUCACUUAUUUUGUAAAACAAAUAUGUAGCAAAAACAAGUGUACAACUUACUUGCAUGCUUACAUUAAAAUUAGAAAAAAACUGUAUAUAUCUGAAUCUGUAACUCCCAAUGAAUUGGGGAAAAGUGUUAAAGGACAAUUGAAUUAAAACCUUGUAUCCAUCAAUUUGUUAAUAUAAUGAUGGAUUGUCUAUUUCUUUCCAGUGCAAAAUGAAUCAGCAAAGCCUUUCACACAAAAGUUUGCUAUGUUGGGGUGCGGUUUUUUCAUAUCCAGUGUAUCUAAAAGAAAUAAUAGAUAAUCCUGUGAUUAAAUUGAAAAUAUUUAUUAAUAUCUAUACAAACAAACUCAUAUUUUGUUUUGAAUUAUGUUUUUGUUCUAGAUAAUACAAAGUACGAAAUUAAUAUAAAAUUAUGUCAUCAGAUUUGUCAUUCCAGACAUGAUUUUUACAUUCAUUGAAAAAAUUAACAAGCCAGCAUUGUUACAACUGGAUCAAAUGAAUAGCUUUAAAUUGUAAUGAAUAUAAUCAAAAUUUAAUUCUAUAAAAAUUAAGAAAUUUCAGUUAUAAUUUAUUUUUUUCAUACCCUGAUGAACAUCAAGAAAGAACAGAGAAUCCAUUUUUAUAUUUACAAUGGUUUCCAUUAUUAAAUUACAUGCAUAGCAGACUUACUUAUUGUGAGAAGAAAUACGGAAUUACUGGUGAUGGCUGUCUUUAGUUGUAAAGGUACUGAUGGAACUAAAUAAAGGAUCACACAAAUAGUAAUAGCAAUUGUUUUAUAUUACGACACACUCCACUAAUAGCAAAUGUUUUAUAUUACGACACACUCAACUAAUAGCAAAUGUUUUAUAUUACGACACACUCCACUAAUAGCAAAUGGUGACUGCAACCAAAAAGCCUCAAUCCACAGCAUUAGACGUUGACCACGUUGCUAGUAGUCAAUUUGACACUACAUCCAAUAUUACAACUUUGUAUGAAAUGCACACAUUACUACGCUAGUUGUAAAUUAAAUCUGGUCUACAAUUUCACGUGUCCCCAGGUUUCUUCCAUCAUUACGCUAUUUUCUUUAAGUGGAUUUUUGCUCCAAUACCUUGAAAAAUGUUUUGUUAUUAAAUGUCACUCCCAAAUUGAAUCUUAGUAUUGAAUAUUUGAAAUAAGACCUAUAAUAUAGCUGAAUAUGUGUAUGAUCCUGUAUGUACUUUUUAUAUAUCCAUAUUUUUAAAUACCGACUUGCAUGAUAUCAAGAAGCUUUCCAAAGGCUUUGUAUGUGACACGGUGCUCAAUAGAAAUUCACAGGCUGUUUAUAGUAUUUCAUUUUAUACAGCAUUUUGUUGUAGGAUGAAAAUAUUUAUAUAAAAUUUAUUAUUUGUUUUGUAUUAUUGACAUUUACACUAGUUACAUACGGUAAAGGGGUUUAAGUCGUGUCAAUACCUGAACAUUAAUAGUGUUUUUAUUAGAGAUUAUUUAAGAUAGAUAUUAUGUUGAAUCGAUCUGAAAUGCAAACACAUUUUUAUAAAAGUAGAUUUUUAUUAAUUUUAAAAUAGUUUGGUUUUACUAUAUUUAAUUACAUACAUUGUCAUUUUCACGAAAAGACUGUUUUUAAUUUACACACAUCAGUUCCAUUUGCUUCAUAAACAAGUUUUUAUCUGCCUUGUUUUAAGCCACAAUUAUUUUAACACAUUUUAGAUUUUAUUUUUCUUGAAGUCAUAGAUAAGGCAUAUGUAUUUAUAUAUUGCAUACAAUCAUAUUUUCAUGUUUUAAAAUCAUUAUACACAUGUAGCGUAGUAGUCUAUAGGAAAAUGCACAUCAAAAGCUUCAUUGCUGCUUUUUGGCAGGCAUAGCCUGUGUGGUAGAACACGGUUUCUUCUCACGGGCUUGAUUUGUUCAUAAAUUCCUUUCUAUACAGUAGUAGUUAAAAAUAUUCCAAACAGCAAUAAUUAAAAUUGUGCAGAAUGUUUCCAAGCUCUCAUGUUUGAACAGAAUUUGUCUCCAUUGUUAAAGUCUUCAUCAUAUACCUUGUUGGUCUUGUUAAUGGUCACUUCUAAACUAACCUUGUUGGUCUUGUUAAUGGUCACUUCUAAACUAACCUUGUUGGUCUUGUUAAUGGGUCACUUCUAAACUAACCUUGUUGGUCUUGUUAAUGGUCACUUCUAAACUAACCUUGUUGGUCUUGUUAAUGGGUCACUUCUAAACUAACAAGGUAGUAAUCGUGUUUUCCCAUUGCUCAAAACCGUGUGAGGUAUGGUCAGGAGGCAAAGUACAUGCUAGACUGGUUUUUGCACAUCAUUUCAUUAAAUUAAUGUGACAGAAGAGAUAUACUAUCAUAAGCCACUACUUUCAGAAUAAAUAUUUAUUUUAUUAGCAGAUUAAAGGGACAUUCCUGACUUUGCUGCAAUGUUUAAGAUGUUAUCAACUAACAGAUACUUUUUGAUGACUGUAAUUACACAGCAAAUAUAUUUUUC